UGCAAAUAUGGCCGCCACGUAGGCACAUUGGUUACUUUAGUAUGGGUUCGCUUCAUAUCUGUGCACGGACGCACUUCCGGUGUCAUGUCAGCCUCCGACUGAAGCCGCGUGACACUUCUCAAAAGUCAUUUAUCAAUGAAAGCAAUAUGAACUAACCUUGCUUCAUUCAGAUGGGGGACGUUGUGCAGGAAAAGGGCCACGGCUUGAGUUUUGCCGAGCAGCAGAUGAAACGUCACGGGUGGAAACGUGGUCAGAUGUCUACUGGCAAAGGACUGGGUCGGAAUGAGAAUGGCAUAUCUGAAGCCAUCAAGGUCAAAGUGAAAUCUAACAAAGGCGGGGUCGGCCAUAAGGAAGGAGAGCAGUUCACCUUCAACUGGUGGGAUCACGUCUUCAAUAAGGCCUCAUCCAGUCUGACGGUGGAGUCCCAUCAGGAUGGGAUUUCGCUAAAGAAGACGGCUGAGGACGGUGACGACGGCAUGAUUUCGAACAAAAAGCCCAGAAAGGCCUUGCUGGCUAAAGGCAAACUCUACGGGUCCUUUGUCAAGUCGGCCACUCUGCUGUCUGGUCAGCUGCAGCCGGAACCACCGGUCGACAGCAGCAGUAGCAGCUCGGACCAGGAGGAAGACUUCAAACUGGAUCUAUCCUCCACCACCAAGUUGUCUGACCGCGACCUGAUGAAGGCUUGUGGAGGACGCACUGCCCACAAAGGAGCCAGACAUGGCUUGACCAUGAGCGCUAAGCUGGCCCGCCUGGAGCAGCAGGAGGCUGACUUCAUGGCCAAGUACGGGAAGAAGACCGAUGCCGAGCGGGGAGAAGAGGAGCUCAAAAUAAAGAAGAUAUCCGAGACUGAAGAACUCAACGGCGCUCUUUCUGAAUCUUCCGACGGCAAGUUCAAAAAGAAGAAAAAGAAAAGGAGCAACGAGAGGGAGGAGCAAGUGAGAUGGGUAGAAAACGGUGACGCGGCCCCGAAGAGGAAGCAGAAGAACGAAACGGCGGAGUUGAAAAGUCCAGAGUUUGACGGCGCUCUGUUGCUGGAGAAGAAGAAGAAGAAGAAGAAAAAAAAGAAGAAGAAGAAAGAGGAGGAAGUUGCAGUAGAAGAAGAGCAGGGAGAAUCGGAGGCACUCGUUUCAGGACAUCACUUUGAAAAGAAAAGGAAAAAGAGCAAAAAGGACUCAAACGUCAGCGAGGAAGCACAAGCACAUCCUCCACCAAAGAAGAAGAAGAAAAAGUCCAAAGACUAACUUUUGUUCUUCUUCAGUGACUAAAGCCUCUGUGCCAAUAAAAGGAUAACUGACUUAUUCGACGGCCGUUCAAGUCCAUCCCAUCAUUCGUCCUCGACAACGAGAAAUGGACUGUAUCGUUGCACACUGUGUGAUAUGAGCACGGCAAACAAUUAAAUAUCAAUUACAUUUGGAAUCAUUAUUUACCUUGCAAAUGAACAUGUAAUUAGCAUGUCGCUGGAAGCUUGCGGCCGAGCAGCAACCCCAAAAAUGCAGACAAACGGUGCUGAAAUUCUGUUGAACUCCAUUUUGAAAGUGUUGUUUUAAAUGUUUUUUUUAAUACCUGAAAAUAAAUUAAUACAUUUUAAAAUUUUGCUUCCAUCAGUAUAUUGCGGACAUGCAGUCGUGAGGGCCGUAAUGUGUAAAUUAUGACCUAUCAUGCAUUAUUGUGGAAACCCUGAUUAUUU